UUCCUCGUGCUUUAACUCUUAACCAAUAAACAGAUAAGCUUCUCUUUGUCUCUCUCUCUCUCUCUCUCCGUUCAUCUCUUUAUAUUUAAAUAUUAUUUCCAUUAGAUCAUCAGGUUAAGAAACGCAGAGGCUCAGCCUGUGGUAUGGUCAAGAAGCACGGAGAUCAAAGACAAUCGGUUUUGAUAAUUCUCUGACCUCGCGCAUCAUCUUUAUCGGUUACUCUGUUUUUAUUCUGAUUUUGGCUUUGUUUCUCGCGUUGUUUGUGAGUUUGAGUUCCUGGUAGAUAUGGCGAACUCCUCUGAGAAAUCGAGUUUCUCUCAGAUGUGUAGUUUUGUGAGUCAGUACUUGACGGAGAGAGGUGGUUUUGGAGAUCUUAGCCUUGGAAUGUCAAGCACUAUUGAGGCAAAUGGGACAUCUGAGGUUCCUCGGAGGCCGGCGGCAACAACAAUGAAUUUGUUCCCAAUUACUGAGAAAUCCGGUGAUGUGUUGCCUCAAAAUGCGCCAGCCGCUUCACGAAACCUGGAAUCAAUGAGCCUAUUUCCUCAACAAACUUGUUUUGCUGCUAAGAAAGAAACUCCAGUGGAUUCAAGUUUUAACAAGAGUGUUGCUGCGGAGCCUCAAACUGCCCAAAUGACUAUAUUCUAUGGUGGACAAGUAAUUGUGUUCAAUGAUUUUCCAGCUGACAGAGCCAACGAAAUCAUGCUUUUAGCUGGGAAGGGAAGCUCUCAGGGCCAGUCUACCACGGCUCUUAAUUCUUCAGCUUCUUCUUUGUCGGCCAAAAUUCCCAUGGAAUCAACCUCUCCGGUUACUACUACUAGCUUGGUGACUGAACCACUUCCUUCUAGUUCCAAUUUAAUUCCAGAGCAUGUUCAACCAAAACCUAGACCUGUUACUUAUCUACCAAUUGCUAGGAGAAAUUCACUCCACAGGUUCUUGGAAAAGAGAAAAGAUAGAAUCACUGCCAGAGCACCUUACCAACCAAUUAACCCAAAGCCACUUCCAGACAAGGCUGCUGAGACUAAAUCAUGGCUCGGCCUAGCUGCUCAAUCCCCACAGUAGUUUGUAACAAGUAUAUCCAUUUUUCCGGGUAUUAACAUUUCCGCUGUUCAUCCUUUUUAAGCAGGUUGAUGCCCUGCUUUCCUCUCCUUUUUGUUAUAUCUCUAGCUUUGUAUUUGGUUGCUUUUAGGUUGGAUUCUGAUGAACUUACCUUAGAUCUAAUUAUGAAUCUGACUACUAGUUUAUGUAAUUAAUUCAUGUUGAAGAAUCUCUAGUAUAUGUUAAUUUUAAUUAAUAA